AUACUGGUGUUUGGUCCACGUGCCAUCUGUAAACACCAUCUGCUGCGGCAUGAUUCGAUGCACGCAUGCACAAACACUUCAUUGUGCGCAAGGACUGUCCGUCAACAUAUUGAUUCGAUUAUAGAAUAUAAAUAUAUAAUACCCUGUGUGCCUGCAGAUCACCCUUCUCAUUCUCAUGUAGAUAUGGGACAAAGGCUCACAUGCACAUCGCCACAUGCCCUGAUUCACCCAUGGCUAUCCUGAGGGAGAAAGAGCGCGUGCACGAGUUACUGGCGAGAUGGGAUCAGGGAUUUAAGAGUGCACAAAAUAACAUCCACACGUGCACUUCAUGUUAUGUAAGAGCUCUGACUGUCUCACUGUGUGCUGUAGGAUAACCGAGGCAGUGAGCGCAGAGAAGGAGCAGAUGCUGCAUGCACACACAUCAGGGAAACCUGCAUUUAUUACAGAAAAGAGGACACACAGAUCUGCUGUUUUCAGAAGCUAUGGAUAUGGCUUGGACAAAAAGACAUCUUUAGUGAGACUUCUUAUUUGGCAGUGUGAGUGGAUUAUGGUCAGCAAUGGUUGGCUUGCGACGCUGAUUACUGUAGAACCUAAGGACAUAUUUGCGUUGUGCUAUGGCCCCUGGGGGGCCUUUGAUAAUGACAUCAUUGUGGCCCUUGGUGUGGGUUGUGUGUGGACUGAAUGUAUGGUUUCCCCACACUCACGCAGCCUCAAUGAGUCCUAUUCUGCUCACAACUUCAUCUGCUCCAUCUACUGAGGAGCAACAAACAGAUCCAGAACAUAAUGAAUCUACAGAUCCACCCAGCAACAACAACACAGCAUCAGGGAUUCCCAUUCUGCUCAUGACCUCCUCUGCUUCAUCCACUGAAGAACAAUCAAUAGCUCCAGAUCAUCAAACUGAGCCCACAGAUCCAUCCAACAACAACAACAUAGCCUCAGUGAGCCCCAUACUGCUCAUGACCACAUCUGCUCCAUCCACUGAGAAACAAUCCACAGAUCCACAACAUCAGACUAAAGAUCCACCCAACAGCAAUAACACAGGACUGGCAUGCAUGUCUCUACUGCCCCCUCGGAGGGGGUCCUACUAUGUGGAACAUGGCACAGGGGUGUCUGUGGGCUCCAUGCUUGUCUUCUGGUGCAGGGAGGGCUACCAACUGGUGGGACAUGAGAAAAUCACCUGCCUCCUGCGAGCAGGUGUCCCUCGAUGGAGCAGCUACCUGCCAGUCUGUGAGAGUAUACCUAGACCAAAUGACCAGGGACUUCGCAUUGCUUUGCUGGUCUCUUUAGUGAGUGGGGUGGUCAUUCUUGUCAUGACUGUGUGCUUCAUCGUCUGCUGUUGUCAAGAGCGCAUGAGUAAAACAAGGGAAAAGCAUCGGACAGGCAGAAGCAGGAGUAGGGAAAAGCGGAGCUCUAGAUCACGGAGGAGCCCAUCCUGGUUGGAGAGAGAGCACAUAGACUGGGAGGCAUUCCCACCACCUAAACUCUUUAGCUUGUCUCAGCGUCUUGAUCGACCGCUGCCCCCCAGAAGCCCUGUUUAUUCAGAGAUCAUCAGAUCAUAUGAGAACAGAGGGAGUCAGGAAAACCUCCAGAGGAGUUCACAUACUGCAUACCCCACAUACCCAGCCCUUGUUUUCCAGAGGGUCCAAACAGAACCAAACCCAACAUCUUCCUCCACCAACCCGGUGCAGAUUUCAACUUCUCCCAAAAACAGGACUCCACGCGGUCCUUCAGUCACUCAUCCAUAGACUCUUUUAAGUGGGAUGCAACUAUUAUUCAUUUUCUCAUCAGCAGCAUUGAAUGUGGCCAAAGCGACAGCAAAUAAUGCACUGCUGUAAAACAUAUUAUGGAUAAAUAAAGCCAAAUAAAUAAUGGGAAGAUUUAUAUGGUCCUAGUGACCAGGACAAGCACUUUGAUAUUUCUAAAGUAAAGCUAAUGAUAUUUUUCAGUGUGCAGAUACAUUUGCUGUAUUGUAAAUAUGUUCUGGUUUGGGGUGGGCUUGGUUAUUCUUGUCAUAUCUUGAACUCAGAGGCGGCCGAUGACUUCUGUUUCGAGGGCGCAUGAUGCGAAGCUUGUCACAACAUGUGUUUAGCUCGUCAUGUGUGUGGUUCGUCAUUUUAAAAUGUGUUCGGCCCGUCGUGUGAACCAUGUUCUUCACGUGUCUUGUCAAAAUAAUUGCCUGCUGCAGAGACGUUUGCCAGAAACUCCCUUAAAGGAUUAGUCAAUUUUCUUAAAACCAAAAUGUUGAUGUCUUUCUUUGUUCAGUUGAGAUGAAAUUAUGUUUUUUGAGGAAAACAUUCCAGGAUUUUUCUCAUUUUAAUGGACUUUAAUGGACACCAACACGUAACAGUUUUAAUGCAGUUUAAAAUUGCAGUUUCAAAGGACUCUAAACGAUCCCAAAUGAGGCAUAAGGGUCUUAUCUAAGAAAGUCAUCAUCAUUUUGGAUGACAUGGUGGUGAGUAAAUUAUCUGGAUUUUUUUAAGAAAAUGGACUAAUCCUUUAAUCUCAAAGUUAGGGCGCACUCACAUUAUCCAAACCAAACCAAACCAAACCAUGCCCCAGUGUGAUUGUAACCCCUCCCUACUCCCCAAGGUGCACGCACUCACACACUGUACCCCUCACAUGUUAUCAUAUUGUUUAGUUGAUCUGUCACGUGUGCAGCUCGGACAUUCACGUAACCCCGCUGCUCGCCUCAAAAGGUUUUUAUGGAGGCAGAUGAACGCGAGUGGUCACGCAACUGAUGUCUUAACCUUUUGAAUCACGCUCAGGCGCGAUUGCGCUUGCACCACAGCCUUCCAAGUGAACCACGCUCCGGCCCACCUCUGCAACCCGGCCGCGGCGCGAUUAACCAAUCCGGGCGCGGAACAGAGCGAUCACACUAGUCAAACAAACUAGGCUUUGGGGGUCAAACGCGCCCGAGCGCGGUUUGGUUUGGAUAGUGUGAGUGCGCCCUUAGUGUCUUGUGAGUAUUGAGUGUGCAGCAGGCACUUAUUUUGACAAGACGCAUGAUGCACAUGGUUCACAUGACACAACAAACACAUAUUUUGAAUAUAUUUUGCAUAUUUUGCGCCCCUCGGAAGAGAAGUCACCAGCCGCCACUGCUUGAAACUAAUUUAACUGAAUUGUAAAUAGAAUUUUAAACAAUAUUGUAAGUCAACAACCUAACACUAACCAAAAUCUUUUGUUUUGCACAUUUCAAAAGUUUGCUAACUAUACCACCUUUUUAAAUUAAUUAUUUGUUGUUAAAGAGCAAUACAUACUACAAUUUUAUACAGCAUGAAGCUGAGCUAUUUGUUAACAUAUCAUCUAACAGUAAAAAUUGCACUUUAAAUGCACUGAACUCAUUUGUUUCACUUUAAACUAAUUUGUAAUAAAGUGUUGUGUAUAUCUA